GUCUGAACCAUCUUCAUAAAUAUCAUCGCAUCGACGCUUCUAACUUGGCCUCAAUUCGGUAAUCUGAGGCGGUGCUGCGGUGCGAAUCGCGGCCGGUUUGCGAAGAGUGAUCGAUCGAUGGUCAUCGGAGAUGGAUUCUUCGCCACCGCAAACGGCUGCGCCUUCCAUUGAGGAGGAUGAGUGGGACAGUGAGGGAUUCGUAAUCCCAAGCUUGGGCAUCGAAGAAACCGACCAAAAUCAAGCCAUUUCUUCCAAAGCAGAAGAUUCCAAACCGUCUGAGGUUCAAGCUGGAAAAGAAGACAAGAUAUACCUCGGCCCUCACGGAGCUCCUCCAUCCCAAGGAAAGCAGCCGGUCGAGCAAAACUCAUCUAACCGCAAGCAGAGGUUCAAGCAGAAACUUAAAGAAGCAGACAGGCGAUACAGUGGAGUGGGGCGAGAGAAUAAGGUGGAUAAUUUAAGGGAGCUCGUCGGUGGGGCGAGAAUCCCGGCAGCUGCGCCGAGAAGUUCUUCUAAGGAAUGGCUCGACUCACAUUGUCAUGAGUCUGAAUUCGAUAGGAAGCGCCUGCAUUGAGAGUUGAUGCUGUAUUGGUAGCCGUAGCCCCCGACUAAUGGCCUCAGGUUUGCUUCGCCCUUUUGUUUUUGUUUUGAAUUUCUAAUUGAGUCUGUGUUUACAUAAAGGAGGGAAAACUUGAAAAAGAUAUAACCGGAGUUGUUGUGUGGAGCCGGUAAUAAUUCUGUUCUUUGAGACUUUGCCGAUUGUUUUUGGGUCGAUUUUGAUGCUAAUGUUUGGGAUAUAGAUUUUUAUUUAAA